AUGGAGGAAGAACUUAUCAGGCAUGGGAGAUCUUUAGCUGAAACACCAACAUGGGCUGUUGCUACAACUAUUACUUUCAUGGUUUUUGCUUGCUUGUUGGUUCAAAGAUCGAUUUACAGAUUUGGGAGGUGGUUGCAGAAGACAAGGAGAAAGGCGCUGUUAGCUUCUUUAGAAAAGAUCAAAGAAGAACUUAUGCUUCUUGGACUCAUAUCUUUGUUAUUGGGGCAAUGGGCAAGGGUGAUUUCACAGAUUUGUGUGGAUUCCUCACUCUUUAGUAGUAAAUUCUUCCUUUGCUCCAAAGAAGAUUUUGAGAUGGAUAAAAUUGUAAUUUUCUCAAGAUUCACUUCCUUUUCAAACGAGUCUGAAACACCUCCAGAAGGGCUUAAUACUCAUUUUCAUCAGUGUGGUGAGGGGAGAGAACCGUUUGUUUCUUAUGAAGGUCUUGAGCAACUUCACAGAUUCUUGUUUGUUCUUGGGAUCACUCAUGUUUUAUAUAGUUGUGUGUCUGUUGGUUUGGCCAUGAUUAGGAUAUACAGCUGGAGGAAAUGGGAAUAUCAAGCAAGCCUAUUGGCAGCCGAAAACUUGCAAGUGAGGAAGAUAAAGGUGAUGAGGCGCCAAGUCACUUUCAUUAAACAUCAUGCAACACAUCCAUGGAGCAAGAGCCGGAUUCUUAUUUGGAUGCUAUGUUUUCUAAGACAAUUCAAAAGUCCAAUGCAAAAGUCGGAUUAUGCGGCUUUGCGGUUGGGUUUCAUCACCGUGGACUCACAAAUUGCCACUUUCUUAUAAUUUCCACAACUAUAUGGUGCGAAGCAUGGAAGAUGAAUUUUAUGAAAUUGUGGGAAUUAGUUGGCCACUUUGGGCUUAUGCCAUACUAUGCAUCUUCAUCAACAUUCAUGGUCUUAAUAUCUACUUCUGGCUUUCUUUUGUCCCUGCCAUUCUUGUGUUGUUGGUGGGGACAAAACUUCAGCAUGUUGUCUCCUUAUUAGCUCUUGAAAUAGUGGAGACAAGGGGCCCAUCUGCUAGAGCAGCUCAAGUAAAGCCGAGUGAUGAGCUUUUUUGGUUUGGUAAACCAGAAAUAUUGUUACGUUUGAUACAAUUUAUCUCCUUUCAGAAUGCAUUUGAGAUGGCAACAUUCAUCUGGUCUGUGUGGGGAUUCAAACAACGAUCAUGUUUCAUGAAGAAUCACACAAUGAUAGGUAUUAGGCUGACUUGUGGGGUUCUUGUUCAGUUUUGGUGUAGCUAUAGCACAGUUCCUUUGAAUGUCAUUGUUACACAGAUGGGUUCAAAGUGUAAGAAAGCAUUGAUAGCAGAAAGUGUUCGUGAAUCACUUCACAGUUGGUGUAAACGAGUAAAAGAAAGAUCAAAAACACUUCACUCGGUUGCUACAAGGUCAACAUGUUCACUUGGGUCAACCAUUGAUGAAGGUGAUGAAGUAAUUACAGUGGCUUCAGGGACUUUAUCUCAGUCAUCAUCCACCGGAACACUUACUCAGAUGGAGGAUAACCGGAGCUCCGGCGAUGCCAACCACCCACCGGAGCAAGAACUUUCGUUCAGGAUGUCUGAAUAUUUGUCUGAUACGAUUAGACAUGCUCCACCAAAUCAGGGCAUUGAAGAGCAUGAAGUUGAAGUUGAAGUUGAAACUCUUCAAGAUUUGUUUCGGAAGACGUGAAACUUUAAGUUCUUCAAUUGGAUCUUUAAGACAUUGGUGUUGGCAUAAACCCUAACUUGAGUUGACAUUAUAUCCGAUAUUUCAUACUUUAGAGGUGAAAUAUUUCCUUUAAAUGUUGUUAUCAUUACUAAUAAACAAUAUUUACUUCAUAACCACAAACAUGCAUCAAGAAUCCUCUUCAGCAAC